UUUCUAUUCUACAAUCUAUGUGAUGAACUAUGGCUGUUUUCUUGAUUUCGUGUUUUAUUUUUGAUAUUCGUUUGCUGUUCCUUGGGUGCUCUUGAAGAUGAGCCAGUGUUUUCAAAAUUGAAAUAUGACAAGGAAAUGUUGGAGACAAUGGUUAGAAUGGAAGCUAGAAUGACACAAUGGGACAAAGAAAGAAAAAUAUUUGAGGAAAAUGUCUUGUCCAUUUUGGAACAUCGUAGAGAGGAAAUGCAAGAAACAUUUUCUGAACAAAAUGAAAAGUUACAGAGGAUGUUUGAAGACUACAAGGAUAUACGUGGUGAACUAACAAACAGGACUAAUCACCUGGAAGAUUUAGCAGAAAAUCUGGGCGACACACCAGUAGUUGCAUUCAACGCAUACACAACGACCGGAGACAGAAGCUACUCCGACAAUCAAAUGAUUAUUCUUCCUUAUGUCCUGUUAAAUGAAGGCGGUGGAUAUAACAACAACACGGGAUUCUUUACGGCACCUGUUUCUGGUCUUUACCAUUUCAGUGCACACAUCUGUGAAAACGACAGUAAAUAUAUGGUUGUUUCAAUUGUCCAUGAAAACAAAGAAAUUGCGAUCACAACUGAAUACGAAAGCGUUGGUAACAGUUGCAGUUCAGUCAGUGCACCGGCCGUUAUGAAUGCUAACGAACGAGUGUUCAUAAAGUCAGCUUAUUCAGAAAGUUUAUUGCAUGGAGAUCCACAUUACAGGUGGCCUUCAUUCUCGGGAUAUCUUGUAAAUAAGAAAAGUUCAGAGUGAUAUGCGUGAUUCUACAAUAGAACUUUGUUUUCAUUGCAAUGACUAUAUUCAUAUCUUUAAAGUGCUGACUUCAUAAUAAAUUGAAUUUUCAAAGUGAUUCAUGAGAAACGUAAACAUGUAUAUGACAUUUUGGGCAAAUAUUGAAUAUCUUAAUAUGAACAGAUAAACCAAUUAAAUCUUAGUAUAAUACACAAGUAUGAAAUAUGAACAUUGCUUAACUUUAUUGACAUUGUAAGGAAUUAGAAAUAUUUCUAUGAAAAUUACAAAAGUUUUAAAAUGAUAUUCAAUACCUAAUAAUGCAAUAAGAUGUUAGAUGAUUUUGUGUAUUAUCAUUGUGACUUCUAAACAUUUCUAUAGACUAAGUGCGUUGAUUGUA